AUGCCAGGCGCUACCACCGGGAGACCUCGUGGCCGUCCUCGCAAGGCAGCCGCGCCCUCAGAAGCUGCCAACAUUGGCACUUUCACCCGCGUUUCGAAGCAUGCAGCAGCCAUUGCGAAGGACGUCAGCGAGAAGAAGGUCGUCCAGACCGUCGAGAUCAGCCAAGGCACGCCAGCCACUCCCUCCACGCGCAAGAGGAAGGCAGCCCGUUCUCCCGAGCCAGAAGAAGUCGCGACACCACCCACUCAGCGUCGGAUCCUGAACAUCACUACCAAGUCUACCAAGAAGGCUCGUCUCCAAGCACCAGAGGCUGUCCCCCGAACGAGCACACAAGAGCAGAUCCCAUCCACUCCGCGCCGCAACAACAAGAAGCGGGCCUUGUCACCCGAGUUCGAGUCCCCUCGCACCAAGGAGGCCGGCAACCUCUUCAAGCGCCUGCGCAUCCAAGCCUCGCCAUCCGUCACUGUCCCUCGCCUGUCCUCGCCCCUGAUCACCCAGGCCAGCACGCCGGCGACGUCUGUCAUCCCAGACUCGGAAGAAGAGGAAAAUGACGAUGGGUCUGCUGCUACCACACCCGAGCCCGAGCUUGCUCUCCCGCAGGAGCUUCUCGACAUCGUCUCACUCUACACGGCUUUCCUCAAGACAAUCGUGGUGCACUACGCGCACAAUGGCACCAACUCGCCCGUCGACAUCCGGCAACUCAGCCAGCCCGUCAGCCUGGCAUGGGGCAAGAGGCGCAUUUCUCUGGCUGAUAUCCGUCGGUGCGUGGGGGUCAUGGAUGUCGAGUCCAGCAGUGUCAAGUCGCCAUUCUACCUCGUCGACUACGGAAACAAGAAGAUCUGCGUGGAACUGCGAGACGAGCACCACGGGAAGCCGCUGGACGAGCAGAGUCUUGUAUCUGUGUUCGAGACCAACCUACGGACUAUCUGGACCGAGCUCAGAGAUGCAGCAGAGGCUGAUAUGAACGCUUUUGUCCUGGGCCUGCCCAAGUGCCCAGUCACGAACUGCGAGGCCUUGACCAAGGCUUCCUCCGUGCUGGCAAAGGGGCAGCGCAACAUGCAGGAGCUGAAGGCCGGCAUUGCAGCCAGGAAGGAGGAGAAGGAGGCUGCCAAGAUGCCUGCUAUCGCCCAGUCUACGGAGGGCGAGGGCACGCCUGCCGCCACACAGCUGUCCCUGAUCGACCGUCUCCGCCUCAAGGAAGCCCACCUCGCCCAGCUCGCCGCCACGGGGCCCACCUCCGCCGAGCUCGAGCGCCGCGCCGCGCUCCAGCGUGCCGACGACGUCGCGGCUGUGAUUGGCAUGCUGGCCAAAGCAUCGGGUAGCACGGGCAUGGGCGGGCGAUUGUCAUUCAAGAUGGUGACGCUGCUGCAGAAGCUGAAGGACUCUCUGCGAUUGCCCAUAUCGAAGGAGGAGGGUGCUGCUUGCAUCCGACUGCUGGCAGGCGAGGUGGCGCCCGAGUGGCUCAAGAUCGUGGUCAUUGCUGGGAAAGAGAACGUGGUUGUGCAGAUGGGACGGGCGCCGAGCUCGGGAACGGUAGUGGAGAGGGUCAAGACCUUGUCCAGUUGA